AUGAAUCGCGCUACUGUCGCUGUCAUUGGAGCCGGCCCGACUGGCCUUUCCAUGCUGAAACAGCUCCUUCACGACGGAUUCAAUGCCACGCUGUUUGAACGACGAAGUUCAGUCGGAGGACUCUGGUCAUACGAUGCAGAUCACGGAUGGACAACUGCGAUGCAGUGCACCGGCGCAAACAUCAGCAAAUAUACAUGCGGAUUCACGGAUUACCCAAUCCCCGAUAAAUACCCAGUUCACCUCAGCGCCGCCGAUUUUCAAGAAUUUAUGCAGGACUAUGCCGAGCAUUUUGGUCUCAUCAAAGAGAUAGUAUUCAACACCAGUGUGAAGCUCGUCAACCGCAACAAGGAGGAUAAUGGGUGGGUGCUUCAGCUUGAGAAGGUCGGCAGCCAAGAAACUGAAUCACGUCAAUUCGACAAAGUCGUGUUUUGUCAUGGGUAUCAGACCGAGAAGGUGAUGCCGAAAUUCCCAGGACAGGAAAGUUAUGAGGGUGAGAUAAUACACUCACAGCAAUUCCGAAGCUUCGAAGCAUAUCGCGACAAGACAGUCGUGUUCCUCGGCCUAUCCACCACAACAGACGAUCUCGCCCCUCGAGUUGCCGAUGUCGCCAAGAAGGUCUACGUCUCCCACAGAAGUGGCCAAAUUAUCGUCAAGCGCUUUCGUAAAGGGACCCCGACCGAUCUUCUGGCCUCGUGGCGACGACGGCAGAUCUCCCAAUGGAUAGCGAAGAACAUGCCCAACGCCUACAGAUUUCUGGCAAACUCAGUGGCUAAGCUGCUAUCUGCGCAAUUCGCUGGUAUGAAACUUGAGCCAGAAUGGCGGCUCACGCCCUUUCGCGACCUGACCGUGAGGCUUCCGGGUUUGAUUGAGAAUUGCCUUCCUCGGUUGAAGGACGGGAGUUUGACGAGUAUACAUGGACUAAAGCAGUUCGUGGGCGGGCGGUCCAUUGAGUUUGACGAUGGGACUGUUCUUGACAACAUCGACGCUGUUGUCUUCACCACAGGUUACAAGGGUGACUUCAAGGUGGCACCUUUCGUCGAAAAGUCCCUCCCCAAAUCACCCAACUAUGGAGGUCCGCCUAUCAAUCGACUAUACAUGAACGUAUUCCCUCCAAAGUACGCAGACAGCUGCGCCAUGCUCUGCUACUCAGCCUACGGUAAAAAUAACGGAUUCUCAUUCAGCGACGUCAUGAACUUUGCCAUCUCAAACAUAUGGCGCGGCGUAAGCGACAUACCGACCUAUUCAGAAAUGGAGCAAUGGGUCGACGAGCACCAAGAAUGGCUCGCAGAGAACUGGGUUCGCGAACCCACUCUGGACCUAAGCAUGGUAAAGCAGCACGAAUUCCAGCCGUGGAUGCACGAAAAGGCGGGCACCGGGAUGGAGAACCUCGGCUGGGGAUGGGCGGGGUGGAAGUUCUGGUGGAAGGAUAGGAAGAUGUACAAUCUAAUGAACAAUGGUGUUGAGACGGCGCACAUGUUUCGGUACUUUGAGACAGGGAAGAGGGCGACGUGGGAGGGGGCGAGGGAUGAGAUUAUACGGCAGAAUUCAAUUGUGCGGGAGAGGUAUUCUGGUAAGAAGAGGAAUUCUAAGCAGCAGUAG